AUGACCUCAACAUCGUCGCAGCUGCAAAGGGGCUUGUCGCCGGAAACAUCGCUUUUGUUGACGAGGAUGGUCAUUCUGUCAAUGUGGCCAUGUUCGGCGCAGGCGGAUGUCUUGUACCAUGCCGACCGGAGAGAAUGCGAGAUAUUAAGAGUGAUGCAUGUGCUGUCGUUGUGUGCGUUUGGCAUAUGUUACGGCAUCGAGCAGAUGCGAACAGGCACACUCAGAUCUGCUAACCCGAACAAUCGCGUUCUUGCACUCAUUCGAAUAUAUCUAGGCUUGAGAAAGAGACUUCUUUUCAUUCCUUGCUACAUGAACCGAAAGCUCAGCAACUUCUUCACACAUGUAUUUUUGUUACAGGGAAAGGUUCGUGACUCAUAUCCACAGUACAAGCUCUCCUUAUUCUCCCUGUUCUCCCUGUUUUCAGCCCCCGAAGAACUAACACAACUGAUGUCAACAGGCUACCCAGACCUCGCUUCGAAAAUGUUUCUUUCCGCUGUCUCAAGCGUGCAACGAGAAAAAGGCCUUCUAAUUCCUAUUUUCAUCCUGACUGAUGCUGAUCCACAUGGAAUCCACAUUGCCUUUUGCUACAUUCGCGAUCUCCCAAAUUGUAAUGUUCGGUGGAUUGGCGUGCGCCCGUCGGACAACGGUUCCUUAAUUCAAAUAAGAGAAUCGGCCUUGCUGCCAGUAACUUCCGCUGAAAUUACUCUUGCAGACGGUAUGUUGCGGCACAUAGCUUGCUGCGAGACGAAAGAAGCAGAGUCUUUCGCACCGUUAGCAGCCGAGCUCAAUCUCCUCAAGGCGACGGGGAACAAAUUUGAAAUUGAAGCGUUGACAUGUACAGGCCUUGGAGAAGAUAUGUCAGGACUUCUUCGAUACCUGCUUAGCAGAACGUGA